AUGGCAACACAUGAUCUUUCCUCCACCUUCUUCAUUUUUCAUGCAGGAAAACGAUUGCAAAUUAAUUGCAUGGUGCGUGAUAAUUCACUUCAUCAUGAUGUGUAUGAAAUUGACAAUAAUUCACCACCAAUAUCUUCCGAAAUAAUUGAUCAUCCUAAUAGGCUGGAUAGUAACCAAGAAGGAAAAAGUAAAAAAAGGAAGACCGACUUGUUUUCAUCCACAAAUACGAAAGUAGAUGAAAGUAAAAAUUCCAAUGUUUGGAAGAAACUUAAAAUUUAUAAUGAAAGAAAUUUCAUUCCGAUCGAGAGAGAAUUAUUGUUGAAUCAGAGAGAUGUUUUUCAGGAGAUUAUGUCUUGCUUGGAUGUGGAGAGUAUUGCUUUAAUAUUGAGAGGUGUUUGUAAAACAUGGCAUGAUUGGAUUAUGGUUGAUUUUAAUGGUCAUUGGACGAAACAAUAUGAAAAGAUGUGUAAUUUUGAAUUAUUUAGUGGAUGUCAAUUAAGGACAUGUCAAAAGUCUUUUUUAUUGAACUUGUAUAUUUUGGAAAAGGCCAAGAGAAAGCAAGCUAAUUUUACAAAAUACAGACUUGAUGAGUUUACUCGUGUUCGUUAUGAUUUAUAUCAAGAUCCAAAUUAUGGAAUAGUUAAAGAGAUAGUCAAGCCACGAUUGUUUCUUUUGGAAAUUAAGAAUGAGUCGAAUUAUUUUGGAAAGGAUAGUACAAGAAUUAUAGAAUUGACUUCAAUACUUAAUCUUGGAGAACAUGGUUUUGUGAAAUUUUACUAUUCCUUUAAGGAUUUAACACCAAACAAUGGUGAAAGUGAAGUUGAAAUCAACAUUACUCACAAGAUGUUACUGAACUCUUUUGAUUGGGGUAAUUCGAAUCCCUUACUUGAAAGUUAUGAGUACGCAGGUCCUUCCAAUGUAAAAAGAAAUGACGAGCUAAUCAAACACAUCAUGUCUUUGAUUGGCCUUGAUAGUUGUGCAAUUAGAGCUUUCCUUGCUUUUGUAACGGUUGACUUGGCUUUUAAAUUUAUUUAUCAGAUGCAAUACUAUGAAUACCAUGAAAAAAUGUUUGGUUCAUAUGAAUGUGAUCACUCUACAUCACAACCAGGAGGAGUACAGAAGCAGGAAUUACCAAUUACUCCUAUUGCUCAAUUUCUGUUUUCACAACAAAUUCCUCAAUUUCAUCCAGUAACAAGUCAACCAGUUUAUCAACCAACAGUGAUUCAUCGACCUCAAUCUAUGCAGUUUGUAGAACAACUCCAACCGAUUCCAACUUAUUCCCAAUAUGUAAUGCAACAAGAUCCACAACAACAUGUAUUGACAUAUCCUCGAAAUUGA